AACAGAUUUUGUUGUAUAGCUCUUAUAGAAACCGAAACACAAAAUGCUUACCUAUUUAUACACUGGGUAACAUGGCAGUUAUUCAAUAAUUUAAUGCGUCUAAGAAAAUUCAUUCCUCUGCGCAUCGUAGAAGAGGACAGCUACGAGAAGGACGUGCUGUUUUACGUGAACCUGGGAGAGCCAGAGCUAGUGGACGACGGCGGCGGUGCGUGUGGGCGCUCGGGGCGGCGCUGGGGGCGCUCGGCGCGUUCGGGCCGCGGAUCAGCCGAGCACCUGACCGCGCUGCCAGAUCAGGAGGCGGCAGUGGCACUCAGAGGCCUGCCGCGCGCCGGUGACCUCACUCGCGCACAACUUCGGGUCAAGGAGAGCAAAGAGUUCAAGAGUACGGUGGACAAGCUGGUGCAGCGUGCGAACGCCUCCAUCAUAAUCGGGACGUCGUCGUGGAAGGAGCAGUUCUCAGAGGCGUUGACGGCAAACUCAGGUGCUGAGCCCGAGCAGCCGCCCUCGUGGUCGGACUACGUGCUCCACGCGAUCACUUUGUUUUGGAAAAUUCUUUUCGCAUUCGUCCCCCCCACCGACAUCGGGGGCGGGUACGUGUGCUUCGUGGUGUCUAUCGUGUGCAUCGGCCUGGUGACGGCGGUGAUCGGCGACGUGGCGGCGCACUUCGGCUGCACGCUCGGCAUCAAGGACUCCGUCACCGCCAUCGUCUUUGUCGCGCUCGGCACCAGCAUACCCGACACGUUUGCCAGCAAGGUGGCGGCCAUCCAGGACCAGACAGCGGACGCGUCCGUGGGCAACGUGACGGGCUCCAACGCGGUCAACGUGUUCCUCGGCAUCGGCGUGGCGUGGACCGUGGCCGCCGCCGUGCACCGCGCGCGCGGCGAGCCCUUCCGCGUCGACCCCGGCAACCUGGCGUUCAGCGUGACGAUGUUCUGCUCGGAGGCGGCGCUGGUGGUGCUGGUGCUGCUGCUGCGGCGGCGGCGCGCGGUGGGCGGCGAGCUGGGCGGCCCGCGCGCACUCAAGCUGCUCACCUCCGGCUUCUUCUUCUCGCUGUGGCUGCUCUACCUGCUGAUGUCCGGCCUCGAGGCGUACGACGUCAUCAAAGCAUUUUAGUGGCCCCAGAUAUCUAACUCUAUUGUGUUCAUGAGAAAACUGACUGAUAUAAAGUGAAAGCAUGUUUUCUGUAACAGUUUACAUUUUCAUAUGUAGGCAUAUAUUUAUGUACUUUUAGUUACUGCAAAGGCACAAACUCCGGUCGCUCCUCCAGAUACUCUGAAGCUGUUUUAUCGACAUUUACUUUAAAUUUGAAGUAAAUACCUUCAUCUUGGUAGUGUUCAAGUAAAUGAUGGGUAAUGCUCGAAAUAAACUUUUCAAUGUGUUCAUAUGCAGUUGGUAAAUCUUAGAUUGUCCGGAGUUGGUGCUCUUACAGUAACAUAUAUUAAGUAAAACAUGGGAAAGUGUCGUGCUCAAAUGUACAGGUGUAGGACUGUUGUCGUGUUUCCCUCUUCCCUUAGUCGUUUUUCUCUCAUAUUUCCAUUAAAGAUAGUUGUAGCCUUAAAGGCUGUGCUUUCAAGGUCUAAUUGUAGAAUGUAAGUCGUAACUAAGACUAAAGCAUUACGUAAGAAUAACAUCGACUUUUUAAUUUGUUUUGAGAUGAUGGAGACCUCGAAACUUGUAGACGAAGCCAUAAUAUUGCAAACGCUUUAUCGAAAUUUACAAAUAAGGCAGCUUGAAGGCUUCGAGCUGGACGAGGCUGGGCGCAGCUCUCCUCACAUCCUCGUUACUAAGUAUAAAGGCCCCUGUCUACACUAUAAUUAUUUGUUAAAAUUUAUCUAAACUAAAUGUAUGAAUCCUUCCUACUGCACUGCGAUUCUUUCAUAUUAUGCACUUUUUCUAAAACUUUUAAUAUCUAAUGACUUUAAACUUGAGCCACGUUCAUUAAGGAGUGGCGAGCGGCGUGGCCGGCCCGGCCGAGGCUGCGGCGCGCUGCCGACUCUCGUUUCUUGUGACUCUUCGAUGUGCACUCUCCUGUACCUGCGCAAGCCGGGCUACCGCGACUAUACCUUGUGUAAAUGGACUCACGACAAUUGCAUCUUUGUUAUAUGCUGAUGUAAUAACAGGUCCGUUGAUACAAAAUUAACUUAUGAAAACAUAGUAAACCGAUAUGUGCUUUAGAAACAAUAAUUCAAUAUAUCAUAAGACUAUCAGGGAGCAGUACUUCUUAGCGUUCCCACGGGCUCACACUCAGACCCUACGUGAGCAGUAGAGGUAAGGCUUGCGACCCUCUAUCCACGCCGCUCGGCGCCGGGGCGCUGCGGUCUGGUGCUGUUGUGCGCGUUGGUUGGCGUAGGGGCCUUCUUGUCGGCGCUAAGCCGUGCUGGUCGGAGAUGGUUCACAAUUGACAGCACUUUUUAGUGACUACGGUUAUCAUAAGUCUGUGAAGUAAAUGGCACUUUUAAUACAACGCACUCUAAUUAUAUGUUUGUGUGUCCGGCACAUGCGCAGGCGACAGGCUGUAGCCUUUGACUCUGUCACUGGCUCGGCGCGACGCCACUUUGUAUUUUUAUCUAUUCUAUUACAAAAGCAGUAAAACUAAUAAAAUAGCCAGCCACCAAUUAACUCAUAUAUUAUGUACCUUUGUAAUAUGUAUAAAUUAAGUAUAAAAAUGUACAAUGUUCGUAAAAUAACAACGGCUUAUGUAGAAUUAUUCAGAAAUUUAUUGUAUAGUUUCAGAAAGCUUUUACAGCGUUAUUAUUAUUAAUUGUUUACAGAUUUUUAUAUAUUGUUAUAUUUACCUCGUUUAGAGAACUGCACGAAGUUGUACUUGUUGCGUACCGCUUCUAUCAUAUUUUAUAAGGCGUGGUGGGAAGUUUUUAUUUCAUAUUGCCAUAUUACAAAAAUAUUCUGUGUGUCAUUUGCGAAGAUUGUUUUUUGUGGAAUAUUGUCUACUAUGAGCACUGCAAGUGGUCAGUGCGCGAUGUACACACGGAGCAGACUCUGACACUGAUAGUUUAUAACUUACGGCAUACAAAGUGUUACUUUCCGAGGUUGACUCUGGUAUUUAUUGUGAUCUGAAUAAUGUUCCACUAAGUUAUUUAUGUUACUGUAAAAGCACGAACUCCGCACAAUCCUAAAGGGUGAACAAUCUAUCGGUAUUGUACCUACCAUAGGUUAUACCAAAGUAAAGUACUUUAAGUACUAUUUAUCCUAUCCAAAAACUAGCUGUUGGUAGAAUCUAUAUAAUUUUUUUUAUUGGUUAUUGAUGGCUUGUAAGAAAGAUGUCUACGUAUCGAUGACCUUCAAGAUUCACCUCAGCUAAUCGCUAAAUCAGGUUAUACCGAUAAACUCAAGGAUCCGCCGCAGUUCGAGCCUUUGCAGUAAUAUACAUAUACUUAGAUAAAUAAGUAUAUCGGUAGUUGUGUUUUUAUUGUAAUUGUUCGUAUGUACCUAAUUGUUUUCGUCCAGAGCUAGUGACCGGCAGCUAGCGGCUAGCGGUAAGAUAUUCACUUGUUUGUAAUGUAGUUGUUAUAACUAAUACUAAGUUAAUUUGUUACUUGCGAACUUGUUGUUGUUACAUCGGUUUUCUUAUUGUCGAUUUUGAUUAUUUUUUUUAAUACAUACUAAACACAUUGAUUAUUUUUAUAAUAAUAUUUAAACAGUUACGCUAGCGGGCGGCGGGGCGCUGGGAUUUGUUUUAUCUAGUGGAUAAAAGUAGUAUAGGUACAGUGUUACAAUAAUAAUAUAAAUUAAAUGACUAUAGAAGAUGUGGAACUUUGUUGCACCGGUCUAACUACGCUUUUGCAAAAGUUCCUUUCGCUCCUCUCUCCCCCUCUCCCUCCCCUGUCCUCGCUGCCACGUGUAGUCCACUCUUCGCUAGUCGUCCGGUUGCCAAGUGAAUUUACCUAUAGUUUUAUUAUCUCAAUCGGCACUACGCUGAUGCUUCAAUUAUAUGUUCCAUCUUAGCCUUAGAUAUCAGGCACCGUCCUUCUUUGUGUUCCUCGCAUUAGUUUGUUUAGAGGCCCGCCGCCAGCGCCCCGGACAGCGCCCCGGACCACACCCCGGCCGGCGGCGACAGCGCCUUAUGCCGUACGACCUGAAGGCCUGUGGUAUAAUUUGUA